UAAUGUGGAUGUUGAAUAGAAAAUUUUAAUUUUGUGCAAUAUGAACUUUAUUGCGAUUCAUGAUUUUGUUACAUAAUUUACCCAGCAAUUUUAUCUUUAGAAUUAAGUGAUCUGAAUAGUUUAAGAAGUUUCUUCAUAAAAUAUCUGCUUGUACAUCUUGUAAUUCUAAAUGAAAUUGUGAUGUUUUAUGAUACCAGAGCUGUAAAUGCAUGCUGCAGUGGAGGAAGUGGAUUUAGAUCCGUGUGAUUUGUAUACUGAUUUGGGAACCCUGAUCAUUGAAGGCAGAGUGCCUGGACUAACAGACAAGGGUUUUGGAGAAGGUCCACAUUGUCCAAGUACUCAUGGUCAGAACAGGCACCAGUGUGAUCCAUCUUCCACUGAAUGCCAGAAAUAUGAACAAAUUCUGAAGCAUAUGCUUUUGCUGUGGAAAAAUGGAAUACCCAUGACUAUAGAAGUUCUGCUAUACCCCAGUUGCUGCGCACCUGCACAGAAUGUGGAUUCGGUACCUGAAACAUCAUACAUUCUAUUAGAACAAUGGACCAUUCACAUGCUGCCCAGAAGGAUGUCAGAUGCGAACAUCAGUCCCCGUGGUUUAAUUCAAGCAGUUCGUUCAUUUCUGUAUUUCUCACAGUUAUGUGCUUGGUUCAGUUUAACUGGUGGGAAGUCUCCAGAAAAUGUUCAUUACAGAAUAUGUGUACCAGGUGAAGCGUUUUCAAGUAAAUUUUGCUCCCAACCUGACUCUCACAGAUUUCCAAUCACAAACAUUGGGCGUAAUGCUGCGAUGAAAGUUCAAAUGAAAUGUCAUCCAAGAUGUGGGGAAAUUCCUGUUGUUCCUUGCCACAAACAUUCCCAACCUAAUUUGCCACUUAAAGUUUUAAAAGGAAGGACUGAAGAAUUUGAAAAUCUUGAUUCAUGUUCUGUUCGGGAAUAUGCAUAUGAUGGAAUACUUCCGUCUGGUUUUUCUUCCAGGACCAGUAGCCCUGCUGAUUCCAUGCUGGGAGAAAGUUUGCUUGAUCCACCAAAUUCUUUGUGCAUGUACACCAAACGGUAUCAGUCACCAUCUCGUUGUGGAAGUCCAAGUAUUGAAGUCCCCGAGCAUCUUAUGUUUGGGAAAAAGACUGUCAAACAAGAAGAGUUAUCUCCACCUAGACGCAGCAGACCUCAACGACGGCCUGUAGUAGAGCGCUUCUUGAAGAAGAACCUUGGUGAUGAUCUUAGCUCCUCCGAUGUGGCAUCUUGGACUUUUGACAAAAAGCAUGUAAAAACUAAAGAAAAUGCAAAAUCAGACAUUUUAUCACUAAAAAGUGAUGUUGUUUUAAAUUACUGUUGCAUCGAAGACUGUAUGAAACAAGUUCCAAGGGAGGAAAUGGAACAAGUCUUAGAAAGGCUGAGAGACAGGCAUUGUGUAGUGAAAUGUUCUCAUGAAAAUCCUUCAAAUCUGAAUUUGACUGAUGUUGGCAAAAGGAAAAAUAUGCAUCACAAAUCAUUGUGUAGCUAUGUUGAGGAGUUGAAAAUUAACUCGCCCAUUUUAGAACAUAACCGAGAAAGUACGCAGAAUGCAUUUCUUAAACGUAAUGAAAUUGGUGAUUCUAAACAUCUCUUCAAGCAGGCACUGAGGCUAAAUAAAGAAUCAUCUAAUAACAGGAAAAAUUGUGAUAGAAAUUGUAAAACCAUAUCUUCUAUUGAAAGACUUUCACCAGAAAUUCUAAAUCCAAGAAUACAACAUUGUACUGAUUCUCAAUUUAGUCUUAAACAAAGCCAUGUACCAAAUCAUUUACUAACAAAUAAAUUAAAUCUAUUUCAGUCACCAGGGUACUCAGAACACAGAAAAAAUGAAAGCAAUCUACUUCAUACUAUCAAAGAAAAAACUGACAGUACUAUUCAAAAUUUAACUCAAGAAUCCAGUGAUCACCAGUUUUCAAAAGCAUAUCAUAGUGGUGAUCGGACUGGUUCACAUAUGCAACAAAUUCAUCCAAAACUUAGCACUGUAAAUAUCAAAAAGUAUGGUGCUUUUCUUCCUAAAAGUGUCAUUGAUGAACUAUCUGAUGAAAGAGAAAUUCUUUCUGAUUCUAGUGAGGCCCAGCCACUGUCAUCAGAUGGAAAUUUUGGAGAUGAGGCAUUCUCGUAUUUUCCUGCUGUUCCAUCUGCAGAGAAAAAAGCUUUGUUCAGGCGUUCUUUAGACAGUGCAACAAACCUUGUUUUUCAUCAACGAAGUGGUCUUCCAUUGACAUCCAGUCCAGCACCUAUUAGAAAAUGUGGAACACGUUUUGAUUUUGACAGUUCCCUCACAUCUGUAUCUGCCAUUAAAAGAGCCUUCUUUGAAAAAGAACCGGAAACGAAGACAGAGGAGCAAGAAAAAGUUAUUCAGCUGAGCAAUAGUGCUCCUGCCUCAAUAUUUAGCAGCAGUUUAUUAGGAACAUUUGAAGAAUCUGUCCUAAAUGGUCGUUUGGAACCGGUGAGUACAGUUGAAGGAUUUACAGCAGAAAUUGGAGCAAGUGGGUCAUUUUGUCCACGUCAUGUCACCUUGCCAGUCACUGUAUUUUUUUACACUCUACAAGACAUGGACAAAGUUACCUCUCCUUACAUGGGCCAUAUAAAUUUACGAGAUAAAGAUUAUCAUGUACCUAAGAGAGGAACUGUUCAAGUGACCCUCUUCAAUCCUCAUCGUACUGUAGUAAAAAUGUUUGUUGUUCGGUAUGAUCUGAGUGAUAUGCCAGUCAACUGCCAAACUUUUCUGCGCCAGCGUACUCUGUACAUGCCAUCAGAUGCUUCAGAAAUUGACCCAGACGCACAGAAAUGGUUACGAUACCUCAUACAUUUGAGGUUUAUGAGCUCCAAGUCUGGUAGAAUUUACCUUCAUACUGACAUUCGAGUGAUAAUCUUCCGCAAAAGUGACCUAGAUGCAGCCACUGUGCAUGGGCAACGACCUUAUGAGUUGCGGUCUUUCACACACGGCCCUCUCAAUCCCAAGUUCUCUCCGCACAAGCCCUGACCCCAUAGGACUGGGGAUUCUGUACAUAGAAUUAGAUUAUUCUUCCAUUGUGAUCAAAUACAUAUAUAAAGGCCUAGUAAUAUGUUUAAUUAUGAAAUGAAAAUUUGAAUUAUAUUAUUAAUACAACUUAGAUUUAUGGUUAACUUAUUGUCUAUAUAUAUAUAUAUAUAUAUACAUAUAUAUAUAUUAUCAAAGUAAAGGGUGCACAUAAAUGAAA